AUGGAAGAUUCACAACCUUCUCGUUCAAGUAACCUAGAUCACGCCAGAAACUCCACAACAGACAUUCCCCUUGAUCUCACCAUCGAGAUACUCUCUAGACUUCCGGCAAAAUCUCUCAUCCGAUUUCAAUGUGUGUCGAAGCUGUGGUUCUCAAUCAUCCGCAGUAAAGAUUUCACCGACUCGUUCCUGACUCGUUCAAAGACUCAGCCUCGUCUCCUCUUCACCUUCAAUCACUUAAAGUUAUGGGAAUGUUUCAUCUUCUCAGCUCCUGAACACAACAACAAGGACUACGACGAUAAAGCCUCCACGGUGGUUGGCAGACACGACAUGACGAUGUCGGCCGAUCACGCCUACUCCAUCGCAUCUCGCCCCGUGAACGGUUUCUUCUGCGGCAGGCAUGGUGAUAAUUCGAUUGCGGUUUGUAAUCCCACCACUAGACAAAUAGUGAAAUUGCCUGAUGAACAUUUCGUUUUCACGGUAAGCUCUCCACAAAAAGAGUGGAGAAAGAUUGAAAUCCCCCAAGGUGUCACUUAUGACAUGGUAUAUGGAGGGAUAUGCAUCGAUGGUGCUAUAUACUAUGGUGUUGGAGACUCAGGAAUAGUUAGGUUCGAUGUUAGAUCUGAGAAGCUGGUACUAAUUCAAGCACCCGAAAAAUCACAUAUCACGACAACAAACUCUUCCACUCUUUUAAACUACAAUGGAAAAUUGGGCCGUGUAGAUUAUAGUUACGACGAUGAGAUGGUGUUGUGGAUUUUAGAAGAUGAUGAGAAACAAGAAUGGUCGGAAACUAGGCGUGCCCUACCUUCUGAGUGGUAUGAUUUACUUUUUGCAUAA